AUGAAAUUCUUCGCCUGUUUGACCUUCUUGGCUUGUGUCAUUGCCUGCGUCUUGGCCUGUGAUCCCGACAGCAACAAUGAACCCACCUGCACCAAGAAUAAUUUGAAUGUACCCAUUCGUAACUUCUGGGAUCCCACCUGCUAUUGGCAAUGUACUGCUGCCGGUGCCAAAGCUGAAAUUGUUCGUUGUCCAACUGCUGAAUUGUUCGAUUCUGCUUUGGGUAAAUGUGUUUCGUACAAGGUCUGGGAAUGGACCUUCCCUUGCCCCCAAAACUAAUUGAAUAAAG